GACGCUCACUUUUCCACCGGAGCUUUUCUGUCUGGUUUCGGCGCUUGUUUGCUUUCUGUGGGCUCUCUAGUGGAAGUCAUGACUGGGAGUAUGGCCGAGAAACGGUCCGACGCUGUCUGCGGGGAUGGAUUGAUGGGGCUGCUGGAGAAGUUGGAUCAUUCGGAAAUACUGGAGGUUUUGUCCGGAGGGUUUUGCAAAAACUGUGAAGCUGUUUUGGAAGACCGCGUACGCGCUUUGAUGAAUAAAAAAUUCACUGAAAUAUCCUUAUCCAAUGUCAAAACUGAAAGUUCAAGCUUUUCUUCUCCCACCAAGAACGGUUCAGAGACAUCUUCUUGGGGCCCUAUCCGAACUCCUGAAUCCGUUUCUUCAGUGGGGCGUAAGGAGGCUGUUUCUUCUUCAUCGCCUGUAUCGGUUAGCAGUAAACCACACUUAUCUGACUAUUCCAAGGUGGAGAUACUGCUGAAUGAUGGACUCGGUGGGAAUUCCUCUGUGAUUGACACUGGCUUAUCAGAGGAAGAAAAGGAACAAAUUCGGCUUUCACAGAUUGGUAGGAAGAAAGAUUUUGUUCACAUUGAGAGGAUAGAUGGAAGAACAAUGAAUGUGAUUCAAGGGCUUGAGCUUCACACUCGAGUCUUUAAUUCUGAGGAACAAAAGAAGAUUGUGGAAUGUGUCUACAAUUUGCAGCGUAUGGGCCAAAAGGGAAUGCUAAGAGAACGAACUUAUUCCGAACCAAAAAAAUGGAUGCGUGGAAAGGGACGCGUGACGAUUCAAUUUGGCUGCUGCUACAAUUAUGCAGUGGACAAAAAUGGUAAUCCUCCAGGUAUCAUUAGGGAAGAAGAAGUCGAUCCCUUACCUCCUCUGUUCAAGCAAAUGAUUAAGAGGAUGGUGAAAUGGCACAUCCUACCACCAACCUGUGUCCCCAACAGCUGCAUCGUGAAUAUCUAUGAUGAAGGGGAUUGCAUUCCUCCGCACAUCGAUCAUCAUGACUUUCUGCGACCUUUUUGCACUGUCUCAUUCUUGACCGAGUGCAAUAUUCUUUUCGGUUCUAGCUUGAAGAUUCUGGAUGCAGGAGAAUUCUCAGGCCCUGUUUCUAUCUCUUUGCCCAAAGGAUCAGUCUUGAUUCUAAAUGGGAAUGGAGCGGAUGUGGCUAAACAUUGUGUACCUGCUGUACCAGCGAAGAGGAUCUCCAUUACAUUCAGGAAAAUGGACGAGAGCAGGCUCCCAUACAAGUAUUCACCUGACCCAGAGCUCCUAAAUGUCAGGCCUCUAGCACAUCGGCCUUUGAUAAAUACACCUUUACAACAGCAGAAGAACACAGUCAUCCGACAUGAAUCCAGGAUUUCCCAGCAGAGUAGCAGUUCCCCUCACCUUGAUAAGGAUGAUUUUCCUCCUCUUGGUGCCUGGAAGUCUGAUAGCAGGAAAAGAGGCAACAAAAAUGGGUUGAGGCAAUGAGCUUUUCCACUGGAACUUGUAUCAUGCAGUUUUGCUUCACUUUCCUUUUCUUAGGCAAUUAGGUGUACUUCAUUCAACUUCAUUCAACCAAUAACUUAGAACUUGUUUUAACUUGUUAUUUACUGAAAUCAAUGAAGGGAAUACUUUAUUGUUGUUGACUAA